ACUUAUUUUCUAGCAAGGGGAGUCAAGUGCGCUAUGUAUCAUGCUGGAAUGAGUGAAAAGGCCAAAAACGAGGCUCAUCAUGGUUUUAUUCAAGAUAAGUAUACUACAAUUGUCGCAACUGUAGCGUUUGGCAUGGGUAUCGAUAAGUCAGAUGUGCGCAAGGUUAUACAUUAUGGAAGCCCCAAAGAUAUCGAGAGCUACUAUCAAGAAAUUGGCCGAGCUGGUCGAGAUGGUGAUUCAGCCGUCUGUCAUGCAUUCUGGUCGCAGAAAGACAUUGCGAUGAAUAGGUUGGCUAGAUUAUGUCAUCAUGCGUUUGGAUUUUUAGCAAUUUUUUUUCUAGGUCUCGUAUAA